GAAGACUCGCUCAAGUUCUCAUUAAAUCCGCGCUCCUGCUGUCAUGAAGUCCUCACUGUGCAGAUCGCCUUUCUGAGCAACAGUUUCUCGUCGACUGCAGGAAGGAGUAGAAGUCUGUAAUGUGAAAUGGCUGAGCAACUCAUCAUCAAGAAGCUGAAGGCUGGCACCUUCAGAGAGCUUUCAAAUGAUGUAAAGACCUACAUAGCCUCCACAACCAGUGACCCGCGGAAGUGCGGUGAUUUCAUCAAAGUUUUGUUCUCGCACAUCGUGAAGUUGCACAAUGCUGGUACCCUGCACAGGAUCCCAGAAGAAAUUUUGAAGUCCAUAGAACUGGGCCUGCAUACUCUUAGCAAUGUCUUGCGAGCGUGUGACAUUGCUGACCAUCUCAACAUUUUGUACCACGUGUUUGCCUUACUCCUAAAAGAGGAACAACUUUUGCAGGCAUCGACGGCAGCACAACUAAUGCUGUCCCUGCUCAAAACUGCAGACUGCCAUAGCCCCAAGACUGAGAUCGUGAUUGCCAAUGCAUAUGUGCAGCUGUGGAACACCGCACUUGAAUUGCGCCAGAAAGGAGUGCAGGCCCACCAUGCCAUUGCCUUUGAGCUGCUGCUGCAUGCUCUGAACUUCCUUUGCCUCAAGGACGAAAUCGUUUCGGUCGCUGAGAAGCACAGUAUCGCCGCCAAUUGGUGCGCCAUCAAAAUGAAAAGCGAACAGUGGCUGGAGCGACUACGCCGUUGCGUCUUGCCCGCCAUUUCCGCGCUUCUCAGGCGCACGCCCACGAAUCUGCGAGCCAGUGUGCCAGCCGUCGUUGACGUGCUCCUCGACCAGCACAAGAUGAGCUCGAAGCUGGGCAAGAACUUCAGCCUCGUCGCUGAAUGGCGAAGCGUCGUGAACGAAGCCUUGUUCGCCCACGAGGUUUCUCUCUACCACCACGUCACUUCCUUGCUAAGUGUCGUGGAUCAGGUGUCUGUCCUGAGCCUGUGUGUCACCGACGGGAACAGUCCAGUACCCAGCAUCAGGCUUCCCAAGAAUGUCCUGUGGUGGGAAUGUCGGCCUGGUGCCGAAGAGUUCAUGUGCGUCACCUCCUGCAUGCAGGCGGUUCUGAUGCGACUGCAUGCCAUGGACCAGUUCAUUCAAGGUGCCUCUAGCCGGCAAGAGUUUGUGGCUGCCAUUGGUGCAAUUCUGGCUCUCGGACCUUUUGUCAAGCAGUACCUAAGCUGCCUCCACGACAUCAAGGCAGGUCCAUCACACAUCUCGACAGCCCUUCGAAUGCUCAGGGCCUUGCUCGUACUGCACACCUACUUCAUCCAGGAGACAAAAGGCAAAGGCGAAUGUGCAAAGGCGCUUGCUGUUCCAGAAAAAUUCUACCCAUCAUCACUCCUCAAGAUAGCCGAAGCAUCUGUUGCUGAAACUACCGAGAUAGCCCUUCUCAGUAGGGCAUUUUACGCUGUGGCAUACAACUGCUUCCAAAACAAGGUCAACAAACAUGCCGCCUUGUACACAAAGAUGAGUGUGGAGCUGACUGUGCUGCACAUAUCUCACCACCCAGAGGAAUUCACUGUGGAUUUUCAGAAGGACUUCUGGAAGCGCUGCGAGCUGAUCCUGUGGCAGUACAGGCAGGAGAAGCAAUACACUGAGGCACUGCUCAUCACGGGAAAGGUUGUGAACUUGGGCCCCGAGCUCCGUUCCCAGGCCUUAGUUCGCUGGGUCAAGAUCAGAAAAGAAAUGGACUCCUUACCCAAGUUCCGAGGGAGCCUUUUAAAACAGCUGGAAGUACACGGGGCUCCUCAAAAAAUGACUGCAGAGGACAGAUUUGCAUUUCUGAUCUUCGAACUGAACGUCUCUGUGAAAGAAGGGCUUUCUGCGGACAUGUGUGUGGACCUGUUCCAUGAGCUGAAAGAGCUUGCACCGCAGGUCAACAGCAAGCUGGCACAUAGCUGUGUCCUUGUUGAGAGCACGCUGCUCCUGUCUCGCUUUCCGUACAUGGAUUUCAGCCUCGAGUGCACUUUCGACGAAAGUUUCCAGAAAGCCCUGAACAGCGUAGAGGAUCUGCUGAAGACCAAUAACAAGACAACUGCUGACAUAGCGAGGCUCCUGAAUGCUGCCUGCCUGUUCUGGCUCUACAUGAACAAAAUUGACACGCUGCGGGAGUUUGCUGCUAAGGACUUGGCAGAAGCAGCUGUGGAUCCUGUGGAAAUCAAGUGCGAUGACCCCAUUUUGAGCCAAGCAUUGGCUGAAGACAAGGAUUACUCAUGUGAUGCCACUCACAGUUAUCGACACAUCAACGUGGGGUAUGAACUGUCAGCCCAGAAAAAUUUGGACCAGGUUCUGGAAAUGUGGUGCACAGCUUUUGAACGACCUUCUUCUGAAUGGAGCCUUAUGUUUCGUGAUCUGGUGGAAUGCUGGUUCUUUGAGCAUGUCAAGGUGGUUUGUGAAGUGUACGCUUCAUCAUUCAGGUUCUUGGAGGAGAUCAAGGCUGCGACAGUGUGGUACAGCGUGGCCAUGGAUCGCAGCAUGAGCCAGGAGACGGUGCUGGCUGCCUCUUACCUCGUCAAUGCCUUGAUCAAGGUGGGCCUGGUGGACGCAGCUGCUGACGUGGCCCAUCAGACUGAGGCUGUGGCCAAUCAGCUGGACGAAGGCCUGCCCAGACUUCGCUUUGUGUUGGCAAGGGCUCACCUGCUCUACAAUCAAGAAAAGUACAACGAAGGUUUCCAGCUACUGGAUCAGCUUCUCAAGCAUCCACUGCUGCAGAAGAGCAACAAGUCCUCCCUGCUGUUCAUGGCCGAGGUGAAGCUUCUGGUCUGCAGGUACUCGCUCCUGCCUGCCACAAUAAGUGCACCAUUCCAUGCCAAGGGGCAGCUAGAGUGCAACACUCCCAUCAUCCUUGCCCAGGAGUCCUUGAGGAUAUCGCAGAGUGUUACACACCACUACUCUGAAAACAUCGUAGCAGAGCCCUGUGAUCUUCUUACAUUGUGGACACUGGAACGAAUGUUGCUGGACUCUGCAGCUCUUUUAGGACAGCUCUACUCUAGCAUUGGAGCAGCUAAGGAGGCCUACGCUUUCCUCAAGGAAUACCUUCGUAGAGCCCAAGUGAUGGUCUCUGCAACAAGAUGUGCCAGGCUUGUCCUGCUCAUUGCGAACUUGGAUCUGCUGUGCGAGAAGCUGUACGACGUCAAAAGCAAGCUCUCCAGCGUCGAAUUCAUGCUGCACCUCAAGAACUUCAGCUGCCCGAACAAGCUCGAAGGCGAGGAAGGGGUCACCGUGACAAAGAUGGACGUCACUGAUGGUUCGGACAUCGAGGAAAAGACUUACGACAAGUACUCGUGCCCUGCGCGCAGCCACUCUAUGGCCGUGGUGCUCUUCCUCAAGCAGGAGACCACACUCCAGUCUCCGCCAUCGGUCCCAAGCCUGGACAAGAUUCACGACGCCAACUGCAGCUGCCAGCUGUGUGAGUUCUACGCAACCAGGCAGUUGUGGAUCGAGCGCGACCUCCUUAAGUGCUUGCUGUACAUCACAGUCGGAGACGUCACCGCGGCCAUCGGUGGUCUGCAGACCCUGCUCGACCUCGUGGACUCGCUACACCGGAAGCUGUUGAAGGAGGCGACCUCCGCAGCGUCCUUCCUCAAGCGCCGCCUCUCGAAGACCUUCCUCUGUGGCCAGAAUAGAGCGGUGGGGGCCUGGGGCGAACUGCUGACCCUGCGGACCACGAUUCUGCUGCACCUCUCCGAGGCGCAUCUGCAGAGGAAAAGCUACCUGACGUCGCUCGAGAAAGUGGACGAGGGUCUCAAGCUCGUCUCGCUAAAUGGCUGUGGCAAUAAGAGCCACUGGAAAACCUUUGCCAGCCUGGCGCACCAGAAGGUUAGGGUGCUGGUCACCAUGUCUCGCAAGAGCAAGGACUCUUCUGGAGACCUCAAGGGCAGCCCUUUGUGGAUUGUCAACACCAACGAGCACGCCGCUGUGACGAACGCCGCUGACGUUGACGUUGCGUCGCCUCCGAGGCGCUCCGAGAGGCGUACGGCGCCGCUCACUGCCCCGAAAGCUCCGAAGGCGCGUCGAGACGCACCCAUGGACUUGUACCUGAAGAGCUUGGGCCGGGCUGAGGCAAAGAGUACUGCAAAAAAGGGGAAGGAGGACAAGGCCGCGUUUGUUGUUUUUGAUGAGUCUGUUGAGGACUGUGUCCGUAGAGAGAAACCCAGCGUUGCCAGGGCUGGCAGGAGAGCAGGUGCCCGAACAAGGGCUGCUGCAGCUGCUGGGGAUGCGAGUGAUGAGAUUGACGACAAGCCAGAGGUAUUACGUAUGCCAAAGAAGCAGGUGCGGGCCCAGCGUAAAACUGCAAAGACUGAUCUGGUGUCCACGAGCAGCAGCAAAGAUGCAGGGACAAGAGCCAGCAAUGAAGGUGCGAGCGAACAGGCCCCAACAAACAGUGCACCGGGUGCCUCCACAGCCUUGCUCAACACGAUUGAUGAGGAAGAGGAGGCAGUUGCCUCGAUUGCAAGGUUUUCGCUGCAAGAGAGAGAGCCAGGAUUGAUUGAGGAUGUCCCGUACAUGCAGCACGACACUAUGUUCACCGAAGAGCAGCUAGCAUCUUGCAAGCCUCAAGCACUUGAUGACAUGGUAUCGCUGCUCGACAAAGCCUUCGAGCUGAUCAUUCAUUUUCCGCCAUUCCCGCUGUACGCCGAGAUGAGCAGAACAAUGGUGCAUCUUCUGGACCUUCAGGAAAGGCACAGCAAGGACCACAAGAGUGCCUCUCUGUGGUACAUUAGCCAGACUUCCUCGGUCACCUUGCAACACAUUGGACUCAACUGCCUCUACAAAAAGCUCAAAAAGCAGAGAGCCGCUGCAUUGUGCGAUGCGGUUCAAGACUUUGCAUUCAGCGAGGAGGAUGUCAUCAAGGCAGAAGCUCUCAGUUUCAGAUUGCUGUCUGCACUCAAGACCACGCAGCUCGCCGAUAUUUAUGAGCUUCUACCGGCCGAUUGGACCGUGGUGCAGGUGACAGCGGCCGAGUCUGUCACGAAGGGCCCUGGUGGUGUCACCCUGACGCCCGAUUUGUUUGUCUGCCAGUGUCGGAAGGGAAAGGCUCCAGUCAUGGUCAAGCUCAGUGGCUCAUCCGAUCAGCAGUUCCACACGGUACUUUUCAAGGAAUUCAAGGGAAUCUUGGAUGAAAGCACAGCCACCAUGAAAAUGACAGAGCCACCCUUAUGGUGGUCUGUGCGACGUGCCUUAGACAAGAGAAUGAAGGACAUACUGAAUAGCAUCGAGAACGUCUGGAUGGGCUGCUGGAAGGGAGUAUUCCAUGGCAAGAUUGUCGAUGCCAGUGCAUACAAGGACCUGAGAGAUGCUGUAGUCCAGGUGGUCUCCAAGGCCACGAAGCACAAGUUGGAAUGCUCCAACAGCCGACUACUCGAAGCCGUGAUCGACUCGGCCGCAGACCUGUCGGACUACCAGCUGUCUGUCGCAGUGUGCCAGCUGUUUGGGAUCCGCAGUUCACACGCUGCUCACAAUGUUCUCUGCAACCUCAUCAAGUCCAAAGCAAGCCCGGACAUUCCGCGGCACCCAGUUAUCCUCGUCUUGGACAAGGCUGUGCAAGCGCUGCCCUGGGAGAGCACGCCAAUCCUGCUGAAGAACUCCGUGAGCAGGGUGCCAUCGCUCAACUACCUGCGUGCCCAGCUUCUGCAAUACCACUACGCGGUUGAGAAUGUCUACACGCAGCAUGUAGACACCACCAAGACGUACUACGUUCUGAAUCCCACAAAUGACAUACCAAGGACACAGGCCCAGUUCCAGGGCAUCUUUACAGGCUUGGGGUGGCAGGGAGUGACAGGCAAGCCCCCUAGUAAGGAAGAAUUUCAGGCAGCCCUCGUUGGCAAGGAUCUCAUUGUCUACUGCGGCCACGGAUCGGGGCGCGAGUACCUCAUGAGUGAUGUGAUUGAGCAGAUGCGCUGUCAUGCCUGCCCAAUCCUGAUGGGUUGUGGCAGUGGUCGUCUCAAGGUGUUCGGACAAAAAAUUGAGCCCUUUGGAGUGGUCUUCCAGUAUUGGAUCGGAGGCAGCCCCUCCAUAGUGGCCAACCUCUGGGACGUCACUGACAAAGACAUAGACAGAUUCACCGAGACAUUUCUCAGGCACUGGAUUCCCCAGCUGGGCUCAGAGAACCACAUCUCGGAUAUCACCACCGCCGUCCGGCUCGCCAGGAAGAGCUGCAGACUGCAGUAUCUCGUUGGUGCUGCUCCUGUUGUUUACGGACUACCUGUACAGAGCAAAAGUGUUCUUUGAUCCUAGUGCAUUUUCCACUUGCAAAAUAAA